AAUCACGUGGGGAGAUUUCAAAGCUAAGUCGAGUAAAUAUGGUGCAAUUACGCCUUCCGCACGCAUUAUGUGGACUUAUUAUCUAAUUCUGGUCAAAUCCUAUAGUAUGAAUCUAUUGCUGACCUUCCUCUUGCACACGGUCCCUGCCUUUAUAGCUGACGCUGUAAUGCUCGCCAGAGGAAAGAAAAUGAGGUUUCUUAACAUUUACAAAAAAAUACACGAAUUUUCGAGACUACUGACCUUCUUUGUCAUGAAAUCUUUUGAGUUUAAGUCCGCCAACGUUCGAAAAAUGUUAGAGAGAAUGUCGGUCAAAGACAGAGAGGUGUUCUUCUGUGACCUUAAACAAUUAGACUGGGAAGAAUUUGUCAUUACUUACGGGGCUGGAAUUAGAGUUUAUUUGGUUAAGGAUCCUAUGGAUACGGUUGAUAAGGCAAAAAGACUCUGGAGAAGGUACAGCUUAGCCAACAGAGUGAUACUAACAGUUGCAGGACUCUUGGCAGCAACUAUAUUAUGGUCUGUAAUGUCUACCUUAUACAGAUCUUUCCUCUUUGUGAAUUAAUUCUCUAUUUUUAGCCCGGUCAAAAUAGACAUUUCAAAUAACGAAAAUUCCGAUAAAGCUAAAUUUUGGUGGAGA